UCAAAGUGAGUCGGACCUCGUGAGGCAGACAAAACGGGAACGGAGAUGUCCGGGACCCAGUCCAGAGCCGCGACCCAGCACCCCUCCAGGAUGAGGAAGGAGGAAUCUUUCCUGGGCAAGCUAGGAGGAACCCUGGCGAGGAAGAAGAAGUCUAAAGAAGUGAGUGAUCUGCACGAGGAGGGGAAGAAUGCCAUCAACGCUCCCAUGCUGCCCGCAGGGACAGACAUCCAUCCAGAGGACACCCUGCUGGAGGAGAACGCCGAGAGGAUCAUGCUGGACCCCACAUCCAGGGAGAAGCCCAAGUUCAAGGACCUCGUGAAGGUCCUGAUAGACUGGAUCAACAGUGAGCUGGAAGAAGAAAGGAUCAUUGUCAAGGACCUGGAGGAGGACUGUUAUGAUGGACAGGUGCUGCAGAAGUUAUUUGAGAAGCUGUCGGGCCGGAAGCUGAACAUGGCCGAGGUGACCCAGUCCGAGAUUGGACAGAAGCAGAAGCUUCAGACGGUUUUGGAGUCGGUUAACCAGCAGCUCAGACCUCACGGCUGGUCUAUUGAAUGGAGUGUCGACUCUGUUCAUUCAAAGAACUUGGUGUCCAUCGUGUACCUGCUGGUGGCGCUGGCCAUGCACUUCCAGGCUCCCAUCCGGCUGCCGGAGCACGUCUCUGUGCAGGUGGUGGUGGUCAAGAAAAGACAAGGCAUCCUGCAGACGUCCCACGUGACCAAGGAGCUGACCAGCACCACAGAGAUGAUGCUGAGUAGAUUCGAGCGGGAUGCGUUCGAUACCCUGCUGGACCACGCUCCUGACAAGCUCAACGUGGUCAAGACGUCUCUCAUCACCUUCGUCAACAAGCACCUGAACAAGCUGAACCUGGAGGUGACGGAGCUGGAGUCUCAGUUUGCUGACGGAGUGUACCUGGUGUUGCUGAUGGGGCUGUUGGAGGACUACUUCGUCCCUCUGUACAACUUCUACCUCACACCCGAGAGCUUUGAGCAGAAGGUUCAUAAUGUGGCGUUUGCCUUCGAGCUGAUGCAGGACGGAGGCCUGAAGAAACCAAAAGCCAGACCUGAAGAGGCGCACUGCGUAACCUUUAACACGCUCCUCCCUUUGUCUGUUCGCAAAAUGGAAGACGCCAUUGAGAAGCUGCUGCAACUCGACGCUCACAAGGUCAACACGGUGAAGAAGGCAAUUUUACACUUUGUCAACCAGAAUAUGGUGACGAUGGGCCUGCAGGUGGCUGACAUGGACAAACAGUUUUCAGAUGGCGUGAUUCUCCUGCUGCUGGUCGGACAGUUGGGGGGUUUCUACAUUCCGCUCUGUGACUUCCACCUGACACCUAUCAAUCAUUCCGAGAUGCUUCAUAAUGUGACCCUGGCCAUGGAUCUCCUUGGUGACAUGGGCCUCCAGGUGACCAGCGUUAAGCCACAAGAUAUCGUCUCUCAGGACCUCACCGCCACCCUGAAGGUCCUGUACGCCCUCUUCAAAAAGCACAAGGGUCCGUCAGACGGCAGCAGGACGAGGAGCCAGCCUUAAAGGACCAAUCUGUAAUUUCUUUUUCACCAAAUGAAUUUGAGGUAUAGUCACAUGUGUAGGUGAAAGGUUCGAGUUAUCGUUGGAAAAUAUGGAUUUUGUGUCUCUCUGUAGACCUGUGUCCCCCCCCCCCGCCCCUUGUGUUGUCCACACAUUCUGUAUACUGCCCUUGUCUUAAGGGUCAUUUAUGGCCCACCAUCUUUUGAUAGCUUGUUUAGUAAGACGAGUCCUACUAAAACACGCCCGUGUUUCUCUAAAACUAUGGACAUGAGCAGUAUCAGAUUCGGCUGAGUGGGCGACCCUGACCGUUGACCACAAAAAGGUUCUUCCGCUCAGCAUCUUGUGAGUUUCACCACUGGUCACCGAUUGGCUCUUCCGCUGAAAUAUCACAUCCCCUACGCUGCAUCCCCGUAGCUUUGUUAUUUAACCCAUAACUGGGGUAACCUUGACUCAUUAUCAGGGCGUGUCCACAGGCCAGUGGGCCAUGAUAAUGAGCCUACGGGGGGGUUACUCCUCCAGGGGUUUCCGUUCGGGGUUGCCCCACCCUUAGCCUUUGGCUAAAAAGCCUUAUCCCGCACGGUAGCGGUGUACCGGUCACUCUAUAGGGCACCGGUGAUUCGCCCGUAGUCAGAGCCCCGCUAGUGAAGACAGUCAGAACCUCGAGAGGGUGGGGUGGACUUGUCUGGGAGAAGCUUUAUAUUGCGCUAGGGGGUCCGGGGGGUCCGGGAGAGGAAAAUGAAAAAUGCAGUUAAAAAAGGCCUAAUAAUAAAAAUAAAAUUAAAUAUAUCAGAAAAUAAUAAUCAAAAAAAAUACCGAAAGAAAGAACUGUUGAUGAAUAUUGUAAAGCACAAAUGACAAUGAAUGUUUGGUUAAUAAAAGAAAGAAUGUUGACUAUAAUACAACUGAGAAAUGAUUUGAAAUGUAAAUUAAGUUAAUAUUGCAUUCAUAAA